GCGGUCACUGUUUUUAAACUGUCAGAGAAGUUUAACCUGCAAAUAUUGUGAUUAUUAACGUUGUAAACCUAUGCGGAGUGUUUGAUUAGAAGAACUUUGAAGAUGUUUAAUCAAAAUGACGCCGAAAAGAAGUUGGAUUGGAUGUAUAAAGGUGCUAAUAGUCUGGUGGAUCGCGAGGAAUAUUUACUAGGGCGUACAGUUGAUAAGUCAUUGGAACAAUUGAAUGCUGAAGAGAAACAAAAGCAGUUGGGUACAGCUGCUCCUCCAAAAAAUCAUGUGGAACAUGAGUGUAUUCCGCCGUCGAUUCGUGAUUAUAAACUACAACAACAAUUGGCUGAACAGGUUGAUCUACAAGCUAAGUUACAGGAAGAUCCACUUCUGACAAUCAAGAAAAAAGAAGAGGAAACUAGAAGGCAGUUUUUGCAGAAUCCUGUGCAGUUGAAAAAAUUACAGAAAGCAUUGAGUAAACAGGAGAAAAAGUCCAAAAAGAAGAAGAAGGAAUAUCUGGAUGAGAUUCUCAUUCAGAAGUUGAAAUUAUUACAACAGAAUAAUGAUGAUUUGGAUGACAAUGUAAUUGAUAAAAAGGCUAAAAAGGAAAAAGAUUUAGACAUUAUAUUGAUGCAUAAGUUUAAUGCUUUGAAGAGUAAGUUAACUGAAGAAGAUUUAAGGGAUAUUAUGGAUGGUAAAUUGACUGAUUCUGAUAGUGAUGAAUCAAGUGAUGAAGAUGAUUCUGAUGAACAUGUUAGAAACAAAAAGAAAAUUAAAGAAAAUAAAAUCAGAAAUGAGAAGAAAGUCAAGAAAAAGAAGAAGAAAACAAAGAAAGAAUCUUCUUCUGAUUCUUCAAGUAGCAGCAGUUCUGAAGAGGAUAAGAAACACAAAAAGAAGAAGAAGAAUAAAAAGAAAAGGAAAAAGGAAUCUGAUUCAGAAUCAGAUAGUAGUGAUUCCGAUUCUUCUUCUGAUUCAGAUGAUAAAAGAAAGAAUAAAUAUAAAAACAAAAAGAAAAGUGAAAAGAAAAAGAUGAAACAUAGAAGAAAUCAUUCUGAAUCAGAUUCAGAUUCUGAUAGCAGUUCAGAAGAUGAUAAAAGAAAGAAGAAAUCAACAAGUAAAAGACAUGAUGCUAAAAAUAACAGUAGACAACGUUCAAGAUCUCCAAGAAGAAGUCAAAAGAUAAAAAUAAAAAGAUACGACUCAGAUAAUGACAAUAAACAUGCUCACAGGAAACGUGAAGAACAAAACCGUUCAAAAUCAAGAAAAGACGAUGACAGAAAAGAAAAACAUCGUAGGGAUAAAGAAAAUGAGUCCCGCUCUAGAAAUAAAAACCGCUCAAUAUCCAGAGGUAGAUCCCGAACUCGAUCCCAAUCAAAUUCUAGAGAAACUAAUAGAAUUGGUCCGCAACGUCCACCACCAGAUUACUCUCAUCGACAUCGGCAUAAUUCGGACGAUUCCGAUGAUAAUGGCGGACGACCAAAAAUACAAAACUGGGGUUUAGUCAAAUCAGACGGCACGCAGAUAGAGCUUGCAAGAAGAUCUCGCUCAACAUCACGAGAACGCGCUGAACGAAGAAAAGCCAAAGCUCUAGCAGCGAAGAAAGAGGAAUUAGUCGCGCAAAAGAAGCAACACAGAUCUAAGCGAUUGACAUCAGCGGAAAAAGAAGAAAUGUUACGGGAGACAAAAAAUGCACAGGAACAAGACGUUGAACGGUCGAAAAAUAUCAAACGGUAUCGGGAUGAAGAUGAGAAAGAAGCGAAGGAGAGGAAAUUCGAUGAGGACUUUGCAAGGAAGCAGUAUAUCAAAUCGACGAGUUCCAGUACAGUCGAGAGUCGAAUUAAGGCCAAUUUGAAUAACAUUCAGAGGGGUAAGAGUGAUAUGAAUUCACAUUUUUCAAGGCGCUAUUAGUUUCAGUCACAAGAAAAGUUUUAUAAGCUUAGUGUUACGUUUUCUAAGACUUGACUAUGAUUAUUGUAAAUAAAUUUGCAAAAAAUUGCUUAAUUUUACAGAAUAAAGUAAAAUAAUUAGAUUAUGACUGAUA